GGGGAGUGAGGAGGAGGGGGAGGGGAGGUGGCCCGGGCUGAGCUCGGGCUCCGCCCAGCGGCGGCUCCGGGAGGCGGUGGCUGCGAGCACGAACUCCGCCCCGCCCCCUCCUCCCCUCCCCCUCCCGCUGCCCCUCCCCCUCCUCUUCCUCCAGCCCGCCCCCUCCCGCCGGGGCCCUGAGAGACGCGGACUGAGCUCUGCCGUCGCCCGCCCCUCGCCGUCUGUGCCGCCUGCGCCCGCACCCAUGGCUCUGUGCAACGGAGACUCCAAGUUGGAGAAUGCUGGAGGAGACCUCAAUGAUGGCGGACACCACUAUGAAGGGGCUGUUGUCAUUCUGGAUGCUGGUGCUCAGUAUGGGAAAGUCAUCGACAGGAGAGUGAGGGAACUGUUUGUACAGUCAGAGAUCUUCCCUCUGGAAACGCCAGCAUUUGCCAUCAAAGAGCAAGGAUUUCGCGCCAUUAUAAUCUCUGGAGGACCAAAUUCUGUGUAUGCCGAAGAUGCUCCAUGGUUUGAUCCGGCAAUCUUCACUAUUGGCAAGCCAGUCCUUGGAAUUUGCUAUGGCAUGCAGAUGAUGAAUAAAGUAUUUGGAGGUACUGUGCACAAAAAAAAUGUCAGAGAAGAUGGAGUCUUCAACAUUAACGUAGACAACACCUGCUCAUUAUUCAGGGGUCUUCAGAAGGAAGAGAUUGUGUUGCUCACGCAUGGAGACAGUGUAGACAAAGUAGCUGAUGGAUUCAAGGUUGUGGCACAGUCUGGGAACAUUGUAGCAGGUAUAGCAAAUGAAUCUAAGAAGCUGUAUGGAGUACAGUUCCACCCUGAGGUUGGUCUUACAGAGAAUGGGAAAGUGAUCCUUAAGAAUUUCCUGUAUGAUAUCGCUGGCUGCAGUGGGACCUUCACUGUGCAGAACCGGGAGAUCGAGUGCAUUCGUGAGAUCAAGGAACAAGUGGGAACAUCCAAGGUUCUGGUUUUGCUUAGUGGUGGCGUCGACUCAACAGUUUGUACAGCUCUGUUGAAUCGGGCUUUGGACCAAGACCAAGUCAUUGCUGUGCAUAUAGAUAAUGGCUUUAUGAGGAAGAGGGAAAGCCAGUCUGUGGAAGAAGCCCUCAAAAAACUUGGGAUUCAGGUCAAAGUGGUAAAUGCUGCUCAUUCUUUCUACAAUGGCACAACGACUUUACCGAUAUCCGAGGAAGACAGGACUCCCCGAAAAAGGAUCAGCAAGACGUUGAACAUGACCACAAGUCCUGAGGAAAAAAGAAAGAUCAUUGGAGACACCUUUGUCAAGAUUGCCAAUGAAGUAAUUGGAGAGAUGAACCUGAAACCAGAGGAGGUUUUCCUUGCCCAGGGAACGCUCAGGCCUGAUCUAAUUGAAAGUGCAUCCCUUGUUGCAAGUGGCAAAGCUGAAGUCAUCAAAACUCAUCACAACGAUACAGAGCUCAUCAGGAAACUGAGAGAAGAGGGAAAAGUAAUAGAACCUCUGAAAGACUUCCAUAAAGAUGAAGUGAGAAUUUUAGGCAGAGAACUCGGUCUCCCUGAAGAGCUGGUCUCUAGACAUCCAUUCCCAGGUCCAGGUCUGGCAAUAAGAGUAAUAUGUGCUGAAGAACCUUAUAUAUGUAAAGACUUUCCUGAAACUAACAACAUUUUGAAAAUAGUAGCUGAUUUUUCUGCAAGUGUUAAAAAGCCCCACACUCUGCUACAGAGAGUCAAAGCUUGUACAACAGAGGAAGACCAGGAGAAGCUCAUGCAGAUUACCAGCCUACACUCACUGAGCGCCUUCCUGCUGCCAAUUAAAACUGUAGGGGUGCAGGGAGACUGCCGCUCCUACAGUUAUGUUUGUGGCAUCUCCAGUAAAGACGACCCUGACUGGGAAUCCCUGAUGUUUCUCGCGAGGUUGAUCCCACGCAUGUGUCACAACAUUAACAGGGUCGUCUAUGUCUUUGGUCCCCCUGUCAAGGAGCCUCCCACGGAUGUCACUCCCACCUUCUUGACCACCGGAGUGCUCAGCACCCUGCGACAAGCUGAUUUUGAGGCUCACAACAUUCUCAGGGAGUCUGGGCGUGCUGGGAAGAUCAGCCAGAUGCCAGUAAUUUUGACGCCAUUGCAUUUUGACCGGGACCCUCUUCAAAAGCAGCCAUCCUGCCAGAGAUCCGUGGUUAUCCGAACCUUUAUCACAAGCGACUUCAUGACUGGUAUCGCAGCAACACCUGGCAAUGAGCUUCCUGUAGAGGUGGUGCUGAAGAUGGUCACCGAGAUUAAGAAGAUUCCGGGUAUUUCUCGAGUUAUGUAUGACUUAACGUCAAAGCCCCCAGGAACUACCGAGUGGGAGUAAUAAACUUCCUUUUCGAUCCAAGUGCUGUGUGCCGUUGAAAUGAUCUGAGACGUUGCCAGUGUUGACAUACAGUACUGUGAGGAGGGCAGCUGGGGCCGCUCCUUCCCACCUGGGUCCUGUCCUGGAGUGGCAGGAGCCAGGGAAGAGCUGUGUGGGAACCCUGAGUGGGGCUGAGGAUUUGUACGGGUAACUAGCCAAGGCGCCACGGCCUGUGCUCAGACAGACUCAUCUGACUCUUGCCUUUGUGUUCUUGCAUUCAUUCUGUGCUGGGUCUUACUGUUGCAGUCACUGAGCUGCCUCUUUGUUCUCUAAAGGCGUACCUCUUCUAGGUGACUAUCGGGAUGCUUCCUGUCUCCUGCUGGGGGGGGAUCAAGGGGCUGUUGAAGCACAUGUGAUUGACUUAUCUGGUGGGGGUGGGGGAGCACAGGUCUCUGGGGAAACUAAGUUCACAGGUAUAUUACGUUGUUCCUCCCUCCUAUCAAACCAUCACUGGCACAGGAAGAUUUCGGAGCUGUAGAAGUUAGGACACUUUGGAAUGGGAGAAUCCUUCUCAAAUUCCUUGGAAUGUGGCACCAUUUCUAGCCCUCUGGGGCCCUGGAAACUCUUUCUUUUCACUAGUAAGAACUUUGAGUUGUCUCAGUUUCAGAUGUACUAGAGUCAUACAACUUUUUAAUGUUAACAUUUUUCCUAAGAAUAAAAGAAGAAAGUAAUUUGUCUACAACCUUUCUUGUCUCUGAGGCAGGGAUACAGAUAGUGAAUGGGAGAGGCUGGUGCCAUCUUCCUGGGCUGGCUCUUCCUCUCCCCAGGUAGGUGUUAUCCUCUUAGGCUUGAGACACCAACCUGGACAGCCCAGUAGUGAUGGGCCCUGUCUUUUCCCCAGAAGAGAGACACUCUUGCGUAUUCCCUGAUUCAGGUCAUAGGAAGGCUAAGGAGGCAUAGCUUUAAUUUGUUUGGAGGUAGGACCUAAUAGUAGCUCUAGAUUGCAGAGACCAGCAGGACAGAAAAGUGUCAUGUGACAGCAGAUGCAUGUGGGGGGAGGAAUGAGGACUUGGAGGUUCUUGGACCUACUUUGGCUUGCCAGCUGGCUUGUGCUCAUGGAUGAUAGAAGGUGUUCUUUCCAAACUUUUUACACAGACUUCAGCCAAAGCUGUAAAAGAAAAGUUCUCUAGGACUUCCCCUAAUAAUGUUAGCAACUUUUAGAGCCCAAUCACCCCUAGUAUCUACUCAGAUAUAAAAUAAUAGCUUUGCCAUGAGCAUAGCCAACAGGAGAAGGACUGCAUGCUUUUUCCUGGAUUGUGAAUACUUCAUCCUCCCAUUAUACUUUUCUCAUCAUUUCCAACUUAAAACUGUCUUUUAAUUGUGGGGUAUCCAUUGGCCUUCCUGGUCUCCCUCAGGGUCUGAGCUAUUAGCAUAUUUACUGGAGAAGUACUGACCUCCACUUGGGAUCUAGGGACACACAGGUUAGUAUCCUAAAGUCUUCCUUUCAUCCAGCUAGCCCAGAGGACAAUGAAACCCAAGGCCUUGGGCUGACAAAGGAAGAAUUUGCUUCUGCCUGAAGUGGAGAAACUGGAGAAUAAUUGACCAGGGAGCUCAGUGUCUCCUGUAAAAGAUGAUGGUGUCAGACUUUGUACCAGCAAGUUUCAAUGUAUUGUAAGUACUUAAGAUUUCUGGUCAAGAUCCCUUUUUAAGUGAGUUGUUCUUGUGGAUGUGGCAUGUCUCGUGGGUUUCAAUUGGCCAUCGAGGUCAGGAGUACCCAUUUCUGGAAAGGAGCUGCUGGCUUAGGAAUUUGGUAUCUUAAGCAAAGAUCAAGAACUUCUUAACAACAUAACAUACCUAAGACAAUCCUAGGAUACCAAAGUGCCUAAUUAGGUCCCACAGCAUUGGUAGAACAUUUUAACAACAGCCCUGUGAGUUAAGGAGACCCGAGUGUCUGGUGAAGUGACUGUACCUCGGUCAUACAGCUAAUUAUGUAAAUAGACCUUAAAUUCAACCUCAGUCCAGUGCUCUCUUGGCUAUACAUUGGGUAUAGUUACUUAUAUUAUGUGAACCUUCCUUCAUCUGAAUUAAAUGGGAUAUUUUUGAAGGUCUCCUUUUGACUGAGGCAGGUAUACAUAUGAUGUUUCCCUGCUCUUACAGAUACAUAGCAUGGGAUUACCUUGAAAAACUGACACAUGAAGUCACACACUAUCCCAAGACCUGCCUCUGAAGGUGUAUCCCAGGCAGGCUAAGGGAUAGAAUUAGGAAAAGUAAAUGAGCAUCAGACUGCUUCUUGGUGACCAAGCCUCUGAAGUGGGCCUGCCCCAUCGGUGGGCUAAGUUGAAGCCAUUUCAAACUUCUGCUGCCCUAUCUAGGACUAGAGUAGGUUUUUAGGAGUAGCAGCAUGUUAAUCACUUUGGGGCUUUGCUGGAGACCAAGCAAGCCUUCCUCUUCAUCCAGAAGACCAAGCAACCUCUUUCUUUUCAACUUGAGACCAUAGAAUGGGAGUUGGGAGGGACCUCAGUGGCCAUCUAGACCAACUAGGACUUAAAAGCAAAUCUUAUGUGACAAGAUGGUCAUCUAGGCUUUGCUUGGAGGCCCCUCUGAAGAGGAACCAGCCAACUUUUGAGAGCAGGGCGUCCUAGCUCUAGUUGUUAGAAAAUUUUUCUUUACAUCAAGCCUGAAGUUACCCUCUUGGGUUGGCAGAAUUACUGUCACCAAAUAAUUGCCAUAGCUAUAGUGUAGUGCUGCUGAAAGAAGGAAUGAAUGAGUUAAUAAAGAAUGCUGGAUUGGAGAGACCUGGGUUCGACUCUUACCUCUGACAUUUAUUAGCUGUGUGACCCUGGUUAAGUUCUUCUUUCUUCCCCUCCCCUCCAUACACACUCCUGUGUUUCCAAACUUGAACUCUUCUAAGGAAAACUACAAUAUACAUUCCCAAGUGGUGGGGGUGCUUUCGGGGACCCCCAAGAUAAUUCUAGGCUGGCUUCACAGCGGGUUUGUAGGAUGCAGAGGAGGGGAGUAAUUGUAAUCCAUUCAGUAGUGGUGAGAGCCAGGUCCUUCGACGUGAAAUAUAGAAGCUGGAUCAGGAGAAAGGAUGUUGGCCAUGGUGAAGGAUUAGACAAACUGAAAUUUCCAGAUGGUGCUCCCUGGUUCUCAGGUCAGGACCUCCAUUUGAGUGUUGGCUUUGCUGUGUGACCUCGAGCCAGUCACUUCUGGUAAAGCCCAUUUCAGCUCCUUGAUUUUAUCCUACUGUUGGUUUUAAUUUGCUAAAACGGGAAAUGGCUUGAGGCCACAUAAAAGGUCAGGAUGAUCUCUCUCCCUAUCCCUUCCAGCUCCAGCACCCUACAUCAGGAGAACUCCACCAGGUCUGCAUGCUGAUAUCCUGAGAUGAGUUAGCAUUGGCUAAUCUGACUCCAUGGCAGCUUGAUGUUAGUCUAGAAUGCCAAGCAUAAAAAUCUGUAAUCUUGUCCCUUUGUUACACAUGAACAAACAGAAGUCUCUUCCUGGUCCUUGGGCCUUCCACCUCAUGGCAAGUCUUACUCAACUAACCACUGCUGGUAUCCCCUCUGGUGGGUAAGCCUUGAAUGUGGUAGAAUGUUGUCUGGAGAGUUUUUCUGUUCCCUCCUAAGCCCUAAGAGAUGAACCUCCAAAGCUCUCUUACCUGGAUGCCCCCACUUGUCAUAACCUGGAUAGAGUAUAUAUAUGCCUUUAGAGAAUAUAGGUAACAUAACAGUAAGCUAUACAUUUUGUGUACCAUAUAAAAAGAGGCAGUUUAUGUACAUUUACCAAGACCAUUGUUACAACUUCAUAAUGGAAAAUGGAAAAAAAAAUGUGACCAACUGCUUUUGAACAGAUUUGUUAUAAAUAAAUAUUUUGCCAAAUGGAAUAGUGUAGUAGAUAUUGUUGAAUUGUGGAAAUACUGUGUAUUUGUUGGCUGUGUGCUGUUAGUCUGUUCCACGUUGUUCAGGCAAUAAUGUUGAGAUCACAAUAACCUGGCUAAAACAAUGUGAAAUGACCUUCAUCUUUCUCCGGCUGUCUUUUAUCUUGCUUUCCUGGAAGCAACAAAACUGUUUGUACAUGAGACUUUCAUCCUCUAAUUCCUUAAGCUUUGGCGUCUGUGAUAAAAUGGGAGAGAGGAAGCCAAAGAGGAUGCUCUGCUGGCAUCUCCAAAGUGAGGCUGAAAACAAACACGGGAAUCACAUCAUCUGGUAACAGUCUGCCUGGCAUCCCUCAGAUGGAAUAGCUUAAGUUUAUAAUCACAUGGCUAUGUUAUCUCAUCAGAUCCUUGAGACGCCAUCAUGAGGUAGCUAGUAUCAAUUUGACAGGUGGAGAAGCUGAAGCUCUGAGAGGUCAGGUGACUGGGUUAGCCAAGGUCACACCAUGAGUAGGUGGUGGGCCUGGGCCUGGACUCCUGGUCCGGUGCUCCUUGUCCUACAUUAGAGGAUGUUGGACUUUUAUCUAGAAUGUGAAUAUUGGACAUAAAGUCGGGUGGUUUUUUAUCCCCAUCACCAGCGAAGGAUGUGUACUCUUCCUUUCACUUUUCUUUUUUAAAUUCCAUGAACAAGAAGCCUUCAAAUACAUAUGCAAACCUGCCCUGACCUCUUGCACAUGCCUUUUUCUAUUGGGCCAGAUUUGGUUUCACAGUAGCAUCCCAAAGAUGCCCUUCUCUUUAUUGAUUUGAUUUCAGGGUGGCUGGCUUCAAGGCUGGCUGUUGAUCCAUCAGAAAUGAGGGUUUCGAUGGUGAUUUACCCUUGCUGCCCUCUAGUCACUGAAGGCAAUUGUGCUAUCCAGAAAAGAGAAUCCUUAGUCCAGUGGCCACACUCCUCUGGUAUGUUUCCUUGCGGCCAAAGGCCCAGUGCCUUCAACUACCUGAGAAGUUUGGGUGUUUGAUAGAAUCGUCCUUGGUGCAGCAUUCUAGCUUCAUGAGAGUGCUGAGGGCUGAGCUUGGCACCUUUGGUAGGCAUUUGUCCAGUCAAACAAAACUUUAAGAAAUAAAAUCAUUUCCACCCAGUGGACUCCUAUAUGGUUAUAACUUUCAUUACCUACCACAUUCCCCACUCCCCCCUCAAAAUUCAAGGCCAGUUUUAUAAAAAGCCAUAUUUCACACCACAGUCAUGUCCCCUUUUAUUUACAGCAGCUUAUUAGUGGAUUUUUAGUUCUGUUGAUUUAUGUGACAGGUUAUAGGAAAAGCAGCUUGGAACCACCACUUUCCCUGUAUCACAUGUUUCUAUCUGCUGUGUUCAUCUUAAUGUCAUGACAUAUAAGCAGUGUUGCUUUAGAGGAUGUGUGUAGUACCUUUGUGUAAUCUCCUAUGAUCCACGUGAUAUCAAAUUAAACUCUAUGAUCCUCUGUGUUGUUACAGGAAGCCUACCCUUUAUGGUGUGGUCCCCCUUCGGGGGAUCCAUACAUAACCUUGCCUAAUUAUACUAUAAAUGUUGUUAUUAAUUUUAAGUAGGAAAAAUUUCAAAUAGAUGUUUAAUUUAAAAUGAAUAAGAAUAAGAACUUGACAGGAUAAAAGAAAAAUUCUUCUUUUGGGGUCUUUGGGAAACCCCGUUCACUCUACUUUGGUUGGUUGGUUGUGUUUCAUCAGAGCCCCAGAAUGGAAGGCGUUCUAUGGUGCUGACCUUUCAUUUUUAAAUUUUGGGCAAAUCCCACGUACCAGGAGUUGUUUCUACAUCAUGACCACCAAAGGUACAAACGUGCCUCCUCGAUGCGCUUGAGUGGGCCUUGUAGCAGACAUGUGGACUGUCACUACAAAUAGCCAGAAGUGAUUAAACAGGAGGAAAUUUAGGGGCGAAUUGGAGGCAAAUACACUCGACACUGCUGCUAACACAAUUAGCUUCUCUUAGCUCUGCCUGACAAUAAGUGAUUAGAGAGAGGCUUGAAGCUUCACCAUUGCUGGAAGAAAAUGUCAUUUUAAACUGUCAAAUUUCCACAUGUGCUUUUAAAGGCCAAUGUCUUAAAGCACUUAAUGGAAACUGGUAUUUCUGCUUUCGUUAUGUUAAGUCUUCAUUCCCCUCAGUAAAGUUAUAGUUUCUCCUAAGUUAUUGUUUAGAAAGGAGUGUAUAUGAUCCCAGCUUUGAGAGAACGUGUCACAAAGAUUCAAUAGUUAAAUAACUUGUUAUUUUUAUAGGAGUGGUGUAAUGAGCAUAUCAUAUAUGUCUCCUUGUAUAUAUAUGUGGUAUGUAUGUACCCAAGUUUGACCUUUGCCAGAAUCGUCAUAAUUCCUAUAGAAGUUUGUAACAACCUCAUGCUUUUUAGAAUUAUCUCAGCUAGAGAAGUGAUUAUUUUCAUCUACUGGUUUUAGAACCUUCAAAAUAUCUCAUGUACAGAAUUGUUACUAUAUUUAAGGAUUCCCUUGUGUCAAAUAAUGGGAAAUAAACGUGUACUAUAUGUUUGGGGAAAUGCUGGGUGGCUUUUUUAAAUCUUAGAGUUAAGUGGACAACUGUUAUCCCAGCCUGCCUUGAAUGUGUUUUAUGGAGUUUACACAGUGUAGUUGUUGGGUUUUUUUCCCUACAGAGAGGAAGCCAAUGCUUUGCCCUUUAAUUUUAAAAGGAAUAUAGCUUAAAGCCUACUAAAGGAGCAUAGCUACCCUGUAUAAUAUGUUCAUUUCAAGUCUUCAGUCAAGUCAUAUGUCAACGUUAUUUUAAGAAAAAUUUGUACUGGGGUAAUUCUCAUUUAAAAAAAAAUCCUGCUUGUGAAACAAUAUAAAGUACUGUGAGCCUUAAUUUUUAUCCACAAAUAAAAAAAAUUAAAUUAUGUUAACGAUAAA